CUUGCUGUUUCAGUUACGGAGUUAAAAAUUAAAUUCCAGAAGAGUAUCUGGAGCGGGAAGAAGAGUCCUCGUCAGAGACGCGGGUCCCGGACGUGUCCGGCAUGAGGCUGCUGCCCGUCGCGCUGCUCCUGCUCUGCCUCUGCGCCAGCUUCUGCACGUCUCAUUAUAGAAAAGAAAAUGAGAAGAAACCAGAGCUCCCCCCGGCCUCGGACGCUGGAGUCUCGAGGGACCUGGUGGACGCGAAGUGCUUAGCGGAGCGACACACGCACCACUCCUGUGACAAGGUCUUCUGCCAGCCCUGGCAGAGGUGCAUCGGCGGGACCUGCCUCUGCAAACUGCCCUACCAGUGCCCGAAGAACGGCACCCGGGUGUGCGCCAGCAGCGGGAGGAGCUUCCUGACUUACUGUCAGCUGAAGAGCUUCGAGUGUCUUCAACCAGACGCCAAGUUCCUCAAGAGCGGAGAGUGCACCGGCCACGAGAAGUUCGAUAUCUCUUUGCAAUAUGAAGGGACGGAUUCCGUGGGCCUUCUCAGGGUCAGGCUGGAGGCCCUGGAGGAGAGCAUGUACGUCUGCAAGGACGGCUGGAGCAUGACGCAGGCCAACGUGGCCUGCCUGGACCUGGGGUACCCGCUUGGUGCUCUUGACACGCCCCAUGCCACGCGUCCUGACAUUGAAGCCACCGAGUGUCUGCACGUGUCCUGCCGAGGCACGGAGACCAGCCUGGCCGAGUGCACCUUCGCCCGGAGAAGGGCCGACGCCCAGGAGUUCGCCGGGGUGGUGUGCUACAGCCAUGCCGCAGCUCCCCCCGCAGAGAAGGCCUUCCAGUGUGUGAACGGGAAGCGCGUCCCGAGGGGCAAGGCCUGCGACGGCGUGAACGACUGCGGCGACCAGAGCGAUGAGCUGUGCUGCACGGGGUGCCAGGGCGCCGGCUCGACCAGCUUCCACUGCAGGUCGGGCGUCUGUAUCCCGUGGCGGUACCGGUGCGACGGCGAGCGGGACUGCAUCACGGGGGACGACGAGGCCCACUGCGAAGGAGCUGAACAUCAUGUAGCAAGAGAACCGAAUUCCUUGCCUCUGGAUAUGGAUACCGAAAGAAAACGUAUCAAGUCGCUCCUGCCGACGCUGUCCUGCGGGGUCAAGCAGCAGGUGCACAGCCGGAGGAGGCGUGUGGUCGGAGGCCACCCCGCGCACGUGGGUGACUUCCCGUGGCAGGUGGCCAUCAGGUAUGGAGAAGGGAUCAACUGUGGCGGCAUCUACAUCGGCGGCUGCUGGGUCGUGACGGCCGCGCACUGUGUCAGAGUCAGUAAAAUGCAUCAGUACCAAAUAUUCUCGUCACUAAUAAGCUGGGUAAAGCCCAACUCGGAGGUGCAGUACCGGCUGGUGAACAAAGUGAUCAUCCAUGAGAACUACAACGGCAGCACCUACCAAAACGACAUCGCUCUGCUCGAACUGAAGAAGGCCGGGAUCAACUCAUGCGAGAUGCCUGGCUCCGUGCCCGCCUGUCUGCCCUGGUCUCCAUAUCUCUUCCAGCCCAAUCACAAGUGCAUCAUUUCCGGCUGGGGGCGAGAAAAAGGGAACUUGAAAGUCUUUUCCCUGAAAUGGGGCGAAGUGCACCUCAUCGGCAACUGCUCUCAGUUUUACCCGGGCCGCUACUUCGAGAAGGAAAUGCUGUGUGCGGGUACCAACGACGGCUCCAUCGACGCCUGCAAAGGAGACUCUGGAGGCCCUUUAGUCUGUCAGGACGUCAACAACGUGACCUACCUCUGGGGUAUCGUGAGCUGGGGAGAAAGCUGUGGGAAACCAGAGUUUCCUGGAGUUUACACCAAAGUGUCCAACUAUUUUGACUGGAUCGGCCGACACGUGGGCAGGUCUCUCAUCAGUCAGUAUAACCUGUGACUCCGUCUUCCCGGGCUCGCUCUCAGGAGCACUGUUGAAGUGGGGACGAAACUGCAUCACCACCGGUCCGCUAGAGGUAAAAAUAA